AGCUCCGCUGCUUUGGGGGCUGCGAAAAACCUCGAAAAGAAGGAAAAUCCUCAAAAAAUAAUUAAAAUUUCAUCCCGGGUCUCGCAGGGUUCUUCCUCUGGAACGGACAGAAAACGCGGCCGCCAGACCUACACCAGGUACCAAACCCUGGAGCUGGAGAAGGAAUUCCACUACAAUCGCUACCUGACCCGGAGGAGACGCAUCGAGAUCGCCCACGCGCUCUGCCUGACCGAGAGGCAAAUCAAAAUCUGGUUCCAGAACCGCCGCAUGAAGUGGAAAAAGGAAAAUAAAACCUCCUGCCCCGGCUCCAGCGGGCAGGAGAAAGCGGACGCCGAGGAGGAUGAGGAGGAGUGAAAAAGGAAAGGA